GACACUUUCAACUCUAUAUAUGCCACCAAUACACCUUACAAGUCUCUGCACACUGACCAUUGGCUGCAAUGGCGACCAACCACCAAGGGACAAUGGACAAUUACCUCCUCCGAAGACCAAAGAACGUGGCCGCCUGGGCGUUGAAGGCAAAGCAGAGACCGUUGACCGUCAGCAAUGCGCCUUACACAGCACCACCAAAAGGACACGUCGCGAUCCAAGUCAUUGAUGUGGCGAUCAACCCGAUUGACUGGAUCAUGCAAGAGUCCGAUCUGUUCGGGCUUCAGUAUCCGGCAAUAUUCGGCUGCGACGUUGCAGGAGAAAUCAUUGAAGUCGCUGAUGAUGUUCGUGAUCUUCAUGCCGGGCAGAGAGUUAUUGCGCACUGCAAUGGUUACUCAGCUAGGGAUGCAUCGCAUGGCGCCUUCCAGAAGUGUGCGAUCGUUCCCAAGAAUGCGGUUGCGGAGUUGCCUUAUGGCAUUGCGACAUCGAUUGGCGUGGUGUUACCGCUUGGCAUUUCGACAGCAGCAGCAGGACUUUACCAAAAGACCUUCCUCGAGUUACCCUUCCCAUCAGAACAACCGGAAGCAUUAGGACGGACCGUACUGAUAUGGGGAGGCUCUUCAAGCGUGGGAUCUUGCGCGAUUCAACUUGCCGUUGCUUCAGGGGCUGAGGUUAUCACGACCGCAAGUUCGAGAAAUUUCGAUUACUGCCGCAAGCUUGGUGCUGCACAGUGCUUCGAUUACCACGACAAGAACGUCGAGGACAGCAUCAUUGCCGCACUAAAGGGCAAGACAGUGGCCGGCGCUUAUCACGCCGUUGGUUCUGAAGACGCCACAAGGGCCUGUGCGCGUAUUCUUGAUCAGUCUCAAGGAAAGGCUAUUGUGGUAACAGUCAGGGGGGUGCCAAAGGGUCUGCCGAGCUCGGUGAGAGCGAAGUCAAUAUCCUCGAGUACGAUCUUCAGCAAUGAAGUGGGCCCCUAUAUAUGGAGGACGUUUCUACCUCGAGCUCUGCAGACGGGAACAAUAGUUCCAGCGCCGGACCCGAAGAUCGUCGGUGAGGAGUUGCGAUCGGUCCAGCUGGGUCUCGACAAGCAGAAGGCUGGCGUGUCUGCGGCGAAGAUAGUUGUAAGCAAUAUCUCACAGGCUGGAUACCGUCACCGCCCCCUCCAAACCACUCCAGCCUGGCAUUGAGCCUCCGCGUCGUCGAUCUACCUACCUUAUGCACGCCGAGUUCUCCCUCCUCC